AUGAAUAAUAAAACUAAAAGUCCUCAAACUAAAGAAGAAGUUGAAAAACUUUUGGAAAAUGAUCAACGGAUAAAAGUAGCCGGUGUGGAUGUUGAUGGAAUUCUUCGUGGAAAAGUUAUUCAAAAGAGUAAAUUUUUGUCCAUCUUAGAGGAUGGAUUUGGGUUUUGUAGUGUAAUUUUCGGAUGGGAUAUGCAUGAUAAGACGUACUCUGAAGAGCUCGAGGUAUCAAACCAAGAGAAUGGUUACGCUGACAUAAUUGCCAAAGUCGACAUAUCCACUUACCGUCGUAUACCAUGGGAGAAUAAUAUCCCAUUUUUCUUGUUAUCUUUUUAUGAUCCCGUGACAAAAGAACCACUUUACGUAUGUCCAAGGGGUCUUUUGAAAAACAUAAUAACUAAAUACGACGCAUUAGGUUUAAAACCGAUGUGUGGCGUUGAAUUCGAGUUCUUCAAUUUCAAUGAAACUCCCGAGACAAUAGCAGCCAAACAGCAUCAUUUACCUGAACCUUUAACACAGGGAAUGUUUGGUUAUUCUUUAAUUCGACCAACAUCGAAUCAAAACUACUUUUAUGAUUUAUUUGAUAAAAUGAAAGAAUUCGGCGUGGAUUUAGAAGGAUUACAUACGGAAACAGGUCCCGGCGUGUAUGAAGCUGCGCUUUCAUAUUCACAGGCAAUGGAUAUGGCAGAUUCAGCUACAUUAUUUAAGUUGGCCACAAAACAAAUCGGUAUCCUUAGAGGGGUUAUGCCAUGUUUUAUGGCUAAACCACAUAAUGAUCUACCAGGUUGUUCAGGACAUGUGCAUUUUUCACUUAAAUAUAAGAACACAGAAGAAAAUGCUUUUGCCAAAAAAUAUAGUGAAGUCGAUGACUUAGUGGAAAAUGGAUCCAAUUUAUCAGAUAAAGAAUGGAAAGAUACCAAAGCUAUGAGUGAUCUUAUGAAACAAUUUUUGGCAGGUAUUCUCGUCGGAUUACCAAGCAUUAUGCCAUUACUAGCUCCAAAUGUUAAUAGUUACAAGAGGUUGGUGGAAAAUUAUUGGGCACCUGUAAGCGUUUCAUGGGGUCUCGAAAAUCGAACCGCAGCUAUAAGAAUAAUUUCACCGCCUACGUCAUCAGCUUCAGCAACUAGGAUAGAGUUGAGAGUACCAGGAGCUGAUAUUAACCCAUAUUUUACAAUUGCUGCUACAUUAGCUUGUGGAUUAUAUGGUAUUGAAAAUAAGUUGCCUGUACCAAUUCCACCUUUGUCAUAUAUUAAUAAUAAAGUAGGCAUUUCACAAGAGGAUAAGAUGAAUUUAUUUGCCCAAAAUCAAUUAUCCAAAAGUUUAAAGGAAGCUACCCUGGUAAUGAUGGCCAAAGAUUCUAUAGCUAGAAAAGUGUUAGGUGAUAAGUUUAUUGAUCAUUUUGGUAAAAGUAGAUUACAUGAAUGGAAAUUGUGGGAAACAACUGUUACUAAUUGGGAAACCAAGCGUUAUUUUGAAACCGUUUAA